CUCACACGUAGGCUUGGUUAUGUGCAUCGUGUCGUUAUCCACAAGUAGCAUUUCGUCCACUCAACAACAGGAGUUCACGGCGAGACUAAUUUAGGGACGAGCCAAUGAGAAGCGUUUGAGCAAUUUCAAGGUCACGGAGCCAAGUUCAAUACGCGCUACUAACAUACGAUCGGUUCACAGCGGAUUUUAGAGAAUAAUGAUGGGUUUCAGCGCAUUUGAACGCAGAUCUUGCUAUCCAGAUCGAAAGUGAAGUUCAUGGAGGAGGAAUUUUCUGCAACUAUCAAGGAAUAUCAAACGGUUUUAGAGUCAGUGGAUAAAAAACUUACAUCAGUCAUUACUAACGAUCGAUUUCUUAAUGACCUUAUUCCGAAGUCCGAUCACGAAGGUGAAUUCGUAAACCUGCCAAUAAACAGAGAAGUGAUGAAUGCUAUAGAAAUUCACUUUGGGCGAGUAAGUCCUGUUUCUGUAGCAUACCUGUUUUACCACAAAAUAACAGCCUCAAACAUUAAUAUGUAUUUCAGUAUUUUCGUUAAGCUUGAUCUACAUAUUCUGCUAGUCUAUUCGUGAGAUUUGAGACGACAAGGAAAAGUGAUUCUGACUGAGGAUCCAUCAGAUUUCCAAUGGUUUAAAUACAUAAUGAAUGGCUCACUAUGUGUAUGUUUGGGGAGGGUGGUUAUCUGGGCUAUGCGUCUAACGUUGUUGAGAGGAGAUGGUGUAAGACUACCUAUGGUAGUUCCUGUUGAUGCUCGUGUUUUGGAAUUGCGAUGGGCAGUACAAGAUGCAGUUACUUCGUACAUGAACUAUCUCCACAGUGCAUCAAAUUUACCAAAAGAUAUUCCUUCGAAGUCGAUUAGCUGGCGUAAUUUGUGGAAAACGAAAUGUCUAGCUCUAGUGAACCCACAUAGUUUGUGUUCAUCAGAAGGUCUUCCGUCUAUCAGUGCUAGACUAGAUGUAUUAACUAAUAAGUUAUCAUAUUAUCAAAUUCGUAAUGGUGCAGUGAUCACUUUUGCUCCUCAGCUUAAGCGAAAAUGAACAUUAAUGUGUUUUUACUACUUCACUAAACUAUAUUUAAGUUUUCCUCUUUUGCGAUCUCAUUGCUUUUACUUAUCAAAUAAAGUAGUCAUAAGUUAUUUUUGACGUCCUCUGUCAUCACUCCUAUUAUUUUUGCUAAAUUAAUACGUCUAUUAAGCGUUAACCAAUUCAUUUAACUAUCAAGGCAACUGAGGGAUUCUUUGGUGGACAUACUCAACUAAGGAGUUUACAGAAAAACGCUUGUUAAACCUGAGCUUUGACAGUAAGUCCAUAUCGGCUCUUGACGUGUCUAAAUGUGGAAGGUUUGAACAAGUCAGCUGAUAUAUUAAAUCACUGGAAAUAAACCUUUGGUCUGGGGGUUAUGUUGUAAUUCGAUAUGAUGAUGUGGAUAAAGUCGAAGCUUGACUGAUUUUAACUAAAAGCACCACUCGAAUGACGAAGAUCCACUUUACAAAAUAUACCGGGAUUGACAGUUCUACAGCUUACCAGAUAAGAUAUUAGUUACAAACUAAUUCAAUCAUCUGAAUAAAGGAGUAUCAAGUCAAAUCAAUAGAUUGACGGAAAUUGGUGUUUCUUAAUUCCAGCGUCGGACUAAAACUAUUGGGAAACUGAAAUGGUCUAUUUGAAACUAAUGUAUAUUUAGAUACAUCUAAAUCUGCCACUUGAUAGAUCCAUAAGACUGGAAUCACCCUUAGACUUAAAUGCUCCUGACAAGUUUUCAUCAAGUACAUUUUAUAUAAUUAAAAUAGCCCAUAGUGUCAUUGAAUAAGAAAAAGAGAAUUCAGCGAAGAAAAUUUUCUUUUCGACGAAAUCAUUUACUUAAGCUGUACAUUCGUAUAUAUAGUUAUAUGGAAAAUGUAUGUCUAUAGAAGGAUAGAAAGGAUUGUAUCACGAAAAAUGGAUUCGACAAUAAAUAACAAAUGAGGUUAACGUACUAAUCAAGGGGUAAGGAAGAACAAAAUUUAAGGGUCAGAUAAUAGUCCAAUUGACAGAUUGACAGAUAUGAAGAAAAACGACAAAACAACAACCCCUUGAUUAGUACGUUAACCUCAUUUGUUAUUUAUUGUCGAAUCCAUUUUUCGUGAUACAAUCCUUUCUAUCCUUCUAUAGACAUACAUUUUCCAUAUAACUAUAUAUACGAAUGUACAUUUUAUAUGCCAACACAUGAUGGUAAUGCAAAGUAAUUUGGCUUUAAUGAAACAGUGAAUAAUCUAAUCACGAAUAGUAACUAGAAUCGACUGCAUUAACCAUUGCUGUAUUUUCAAGAACAGAGUUUGGCUUUUUUUAAAGUGUAUUUCGGAGUUCAGUUCAACUAUUUACAAAUUUAACAUUUUGUGAAGCAACGUAAUAUGAAUAAUAACUAUUGUAACCAUAAUUUUGACAACAAUCAAAAUAAAUGAAUUAUAGUGAAUAAGUGUGUAAAACAAUGUGGUUUUGUU